AUGCUAGUGGAACCGCCCAGCGACUUCCAUUACAAUAACACCCGCGCCACGUCUCCGGUUCUCGUCAAAAGAGCAACCGUUUACCCUACUCCAGAGAAUGAGGAGCCCGAUAUCCGUCGCCGCGUGGAAGAUUAUAGUCACGAGGAAGUCCGCGAAAGGGAUCUUGCUGUCAUAAUGACGCCGGCUGAGCCCGAACCCUGCGGGCGUUUUGGUUUCAACCGCGCUUCAUAUGGGUAUUAUUCGCCGUCCGCCGUCAGCUUUUCCGAUUUGCCGGGUCAAGGUACCGCUGAUUCACCGUACUACGUCAAUACUCCGCCGCCGGGGGCCGAAGAAGAUGCCGAUAGAGGUCCUUUUUACGCCGAGGUUGUCCGAGAACAAACGGUGCUCACCGCGUGUCGUCAUGUCAAGGCAAAAUUCCUUGAAUACUUCAGAAUACUGGACAUGUUCCCAUACUGCACCGCAGCUCGUACCGGGGGUCGUCGUCGAACCGCUCGCCAAUGGUUAUAUAGGGAGGUGAUGGAUGAGAUUGACCUGAUCUUAGCAGAUGUUGACGAGGUGACCAUGGCUUUAGUAAAUUAG